UCUCUAGAGCAGACAUGCAGUGAUAGUAGAAGUGGAUAGCUGCUUUUUGAAGUGGUUCCACCAUGAGACCCAACUACUGCCUGACCAUCCUUCAUGUGUCCAUCUUCGCGGCGCUCCUCAUCACUUUGGAUGCUGAUGGUGAAGAAUCAGAUUGUGAUGUUGAAAUUAAAGUACACCGUAACACGAUUUAUGGAGCUGACCUUGGAGAAGACCUUAAGAUUGACUGCACUGUUGCUUUCUGCAACGAUCCACCACCAACAGUCUCCUGGUAUAAACGUGAGAAAACAUUUGUCCCUGUCAACGUCAGCAGCAGCAGUCACAUUAAAAUGGAGUGGAGACUUUCAGAUCAUUUAGAAGGGAAGUCGAUUUUGAUCUUUCAAAAUAUACUCAGAAGCGACUCAGGUUUGUAUCAGUGUGGAAGUGGAAGCAGUCUCAGUCAUAACAUUAACGUCACUGUCUAUGAUUAUGUUGUGGCAAAUGAUGUCAUGCACACCACCGUUACAUGGACGACUUCAAAACCGGAAACAAUUGAGUACUCCUGGCGGUUUGUGUACCAUGUUGUCAGGAUCACGCUGUUCGUCAUCUUAGUGAUAACUUUCUGUGUCGCAUCAAUGUGUGGGUGUAAAGGAAAAUCCAGGGACACACCGAGCCGUCGCCGCCAGCCCUCCCAUGAUGCCUUGCCUACCACCCAUAUCUAUGAUAACGUCCGUUUGUCUGCACUUUGAAAUCAAUCUGCUAAAUUAAAAUGAUUAAUAUCAAAACAUUUUGCAUUCAUUUACAGGUUUUGCAACCUGUAACGUGUAUCGGAUUUAUUCAUAUAUUUUUUUUACUAAUUUGUGUUUAUCAAUGUGUUUUGUAUUGAUUAAGUUUUAAUGCCCUUAAAGUAAUCAUUGUUUUUACAUUGACAAUAUAUGAUACAUUUGUACAUAAUGAUGUGUUUACUGAGGUGAAUAACGUUGAAUAUUGCCGUUGACUCCCUUCUGUGUUUUUUGUAUUCCUGUAAAUGAAGCCGUAAUAACACAGAAGUGAAAUUUCUCACAUGAGAAACCGCUGCUCGCAGUGUGGUCGUGUGCAGAGCGCAACACAUAGUUUUGCUUCCUCCUCCUUGAUACCAGUCUUUGUUAACACGUCUGGUGCAGAUACCCCUUUAUUAAAUGUGAUUGUCUCUUUAUCUA